AUCUGUCUUCUCUUCCAAGUGAGAUGAAUACUUGAGAUUUAGCAUUACAGACAGCUUUAAAGUCACCUUUCGCCUGGAGGAUGAGUCCCUCGGUGACUUCCGUCCAGCCCGUGGUCAGGGACAUGCUGAGGGAGGUGCUGGUGGGCCGAGAGGAUCCGGAGGGGUUCUUUGCCUUGUGUGUGUCCCUGAUGGGGCACCAGGAGACCCGGUCGCAGUUCCCGGUCAUCAUCCGGCCUCUGUCCACCUCCAACCGCGGUCUGCACGCCACCCUCACCUCCAUCUACCAGGAGUAUUUCUCCAAGACCGAGGAGGAUGAACUGGAACUUGCUCUGGCUCUUUCUCGACUGGAAAGCGACAAUCAGCAGCUGUCAACCUCAAGCCAAGAAUCACAAGUUAUGUGGCCUGGAAAAAGGAACAGUUGUGUCUCUUAUCCUCAGCCCGUUUCAGAGCCAAAGUCGAUUGAAAACAAAUGCACCCAGCUUGCAGAUGGACUUGGCAGUGGAAGAAACACUUGUCCGGCACAGACCAGCGGCCAGAGCAACAAGAGCCCAUCACAGACACAAAAUCCAAAGGAAAAUAAGGCAGGAGAAGAUGAGCAAAUGACCAGAGAGGGAGAUCUGAAUGAAUCGCAAAAAGCAAAACGCUCCAGGAGGAGGAGGCAGCGGCAAAAAGGGGCUGGCCAGCAGCUUGUGGGUUUGCCCAGUUCUCCAUCGGCGUCACCGCCGGUGCUGCUGUGGUUCAGAAGAGAUUUGCGGCUUUGUGACAACCCGGCUCUGAUUGGGUCGUUGGAGCUCGGUGCGCCUGUCAUCCCUGUCUUCAUCUGGAGCCCUGAGGAGGAGGAGGGUCCAGGAAUUACUGUGGCUAUGGGGGGAGCGUGUAAAUACUGGCUCCAUCAGGCUUUAUCUCAUUUUCGUACAUCUCUGGAGGGCAUUGGCACCCGUCUUGUCUUCUUCAAGGCCAAUGGAGAAUCACAUGAAGCUGGGUCGUCUCUGCGUAUUCUUAAGAAACUGGUAAAGGAGACUGGAGCGCAGACAGUGCUGGCCAAUGCCUUGUAUGAGCCCUGGCUGAAGGAGAGGGACGACGCGGUGGCGUCAGCUCUGCAGAAGGAAGGGGUUGAAUGCCGGUUGUUCCACUCUUACUGCCUCAGAGACCCUUAUUCGGUCAGCACUGAGGGUGUCGGCCUCCGAGGAAUUGGUUCGGUGUCUCACUUCAUGAGCUGCUGCAAACAGAAUCCAGGUUCUCCCGUCGGGGUUCCCCUGGACCCUCCUGCUUCACUGCCCACACCUGCCCACUGGCCUCAGGGUGUCGCUCUGGACACACUGGAGCUGGCGCGCAUGCCUCGCAGGAAGGACGGCACAACGAUUGACUGGGCAGCUAACAUUCGGAAGUCCUGGGAUUUUAGUGAGGAAGGAGCACAUGCACGGUUGGACGCCUUUCUUCACGACGGAGUGUACAGGUAUGAGAAAGAGUCCGGCAGGGCAGACGCCCCCAACACCAGCUGCCUGUCUCCCUACCUCCACUUCGGUCAGCUCAGCCCACGAUGGCUCUUGUGGGACGCCAAAGGAGCGCGCUGUCGACCACCAAAAUUUCAGCGCAAACUGGCGUGGAGGGAUUUGGCUUACUGGCAGUUAACCCUCUUUCCUGACCUCCCCUGGGAGUCCCUCAGGCCUCCAUACAAGGCUCUGCGGUGGAGCAGCGAUCGCGGCCACCUCAAAGCAUGGCAGCGAGGUCGAACCGGCUACCCUCUGGUCGACGCCGCCAUGAGGCAGCUGUGGCUGACAGGCUGGAUGAACAACUACAUGAGACACGUGGUGGCGUCUUUUCUCAUUGCUUAUCUGCAUCUGCCUUGGCAGGAGGGCUACCGCUGGUUCCAGGACACCCUGGUGGAUGCAGAUGUUGCCAUCGACGCCAUGAUGUGGCAGAAUGGGGGCAUGUGUGGUCUGGACCACUGGAACUUCGUCAUGCACCCCGUCGACGCUGCGAUGACCUGCGACCCCAACGGCAGCUACGUUAAGAAAUGGUGUCCUGAGCUGGCAGGUCUGCCUGAUGAGCUCGUUCACAAGCCUUGGAAAUGUCCUGCAUCCAUGCUGCGACGUGCAGGUGUGGUGUUUGGCCAGACGUACCCUGAGCGGAUCAUUCUGGACCUCGAGGAGCGAAGGAGUCAGUCGCUCCAAGACGUCGCACUAGUGCGCAAACAGUUUGGAGAGUACGUGGACAAGCGGUCAGGCUGCGACCUGGUGCCCUUGCCCCCACGCCUCGUCUCAGAAGCUCUGGGACUGUCACACAGGCAUGGCGGCGUGGUGACAGAAGGGAAGGAGUUCCUGUUGCCCGUCAUCACGCGCAUGGAAUUCAAGCACCAGCAGGAAGAUCCGGACGCGGACGCCGCAUCGAACCCUUACAACGCCGUCCUGAAGGGAUAUGUGAGUCGCAAGAGGGACGAGACCAUCGCCUUCCUUAACGAGAGGGACUUCACCGCCAGCGUGAUGUUUGAGGGAGCCCAGAGGAGGGAGAGGCUGGAGAACAAUCAGCGCAGAAUGGAAGGGCUCCCUCUGCUGGCUGCCCCCCGAGGCAGGGCCAGGCGGACCCCCACGGCCAAGGACAAGUUCUCCAUAGUUCCAGGAGGGGCAGUAGCUUCACUGAAGUAACCCGGAGACAAACAGCUUGUUGUGGUAACGGGCUGUAAAAUGCAAAUGUUUACAAUGUUACAUGAUUUGGGAACUAGAAAGGAAGAAAGUUGAAAGGAUGUUCGGUUAAUGCUCCUCAGGAGUUGGAGUUUAAUUAAUCAGUAUAUUCUCAGGUAUUGAUGAGGUCAAAAAACACAGGCUCAACUUUGCCAGUGUUAACUUUGGUACAGGGUGAAUUCCUUUUGUAUAUUUACACGUUGCUGAAUUAAAGGUGCCUGGAAUGGUUUUGCAUUAAAGUUUUUAUCCACUGGUUUGGCUCAUUUCUUGAAACCGAAACUGCAUUCU